CCCUCUUGCUUACAACCUUGAUCGGUAAUUUCUCGCAAACAACAUCCACGUUUCCUGCUUCGGUAGCAUCUUAUCGCGUGGACUAAAGCACGACUUUGGCCUCUUGUCCCUGAUCCGCCGCAGUCUAGCGCAGUGGUGAAAGCGGUCCCCGCCCGACUUAAGGGAAUGGAAUUGGAAUCAAAGGAAGAGCAUUGGAUGUGUUUACUCCCCAGAAUCGAGGGGGACCAUGUUUGCUCAGACCCACAUACUCUACGUACCUUCAUUUGGCUAAUUGCUUCUGGAAAGCAUUCGCGAGCCCCGGGACAUGACAUCCUGCUUCCCACCCAAGUCCACACCGUCUGGCGAAGGUUAAUAAUGGUGCGAAGGUGGCCAAAAAGCACAUAUGCACUCUCCGCACUCCUUUUCGUCAGUGCUGUGACAGGUGAGCUACAUAUCCUUUCGUGGUCGUGUACGUACAGCGUGUCCUACGACCUUGGCCCUUGGUAGAUCUCCCGUAUGUGAUAUGAUUAAGGCGGAUGUGCAAAAAUCAGCCUGCGCUCACGCUGGGCGCGGUCGCGUCCUGUGUGAUGCAUGCGAGACUCAUUGAUCGAC